AUGGUGAGCGUCGCCCGCCAGGGAUCCGAGGAAGUGGAAAGCCGGGAAUUUGAGGAACUGGAGGCAAGUUCCUCGGUGGCAACAAUGGGCAGAGGAACGGGAGGCAAGUUCAACGGCGGCAACAAUGGAUUGGGAGGCAAGUUGAUUGGUGGUAAAAGGGGAUUUGGAGGCAGAGGAACGGGAGGCAAGUUCAACGGCGGCAACAAUGGAUUGGGAGGCAAGUUGAUUGGUGGUAAAAGGGGAUUUGGAGGCAGAGGAACGGGAGGCAAAUUCAACGGCGGCAAUAAUGGAUUCGGAGGCAAGUUGAUUGGUGGUGAAAUUGGAUUUAGAGGUAAGUUGAUCGGCGGCAACAAUGGGCUCAGCGGUAUUGGCGACGGCGGAGCUCCGCUGGUGCUAGGCGGUGAUGGUAUUAGUGAUGGAAUGAUUGGAGGCAAGUUUAUCGGUGGCAACAACGAGCUAGGUGGAGUUGAAGCUCCUCCUGCACUAGGCGGUGGCAAUGGUGUUAGUGACGGAAUGAUCGGAGGUAAGUUGAUUGGUGGUAGCAGUGAGCUAGGCGAUGAUGGUGGUGUCAGUGAUGGGAUAAUUGGAGGCAAGUUCAACGGCGGCAACAGUGAGCUAGGUGGUGUUGAAGCUCCACUAGCGGUAGGCGGUGAUGGUGGCGUUAGUGAUGGAAUAAUUGGAGGCAAGUUGAACGGCGGCAAUAGUGAACUAGGCGGCGUCGGAGCUCCACUGGCACUAGGCGAUGGUGGUGGUGUUAUUGAUGGAAUAAUUGGAGGCAAGUUGAACGGUGGCAAUAGUGAACUAGGCGGUGAUGAUGGCGACGACGAUGGAAUAAUUGGAGGCAAGUUGAACGGUGGCAAUAUUGGGCUAGGCGAGAUCGGACCUCCUUCAAUACCAGAAGGAGAUGGUGGCGUUAACGAUGGAAUAAUUGGAGGCAAAUUGAAUGGCGGCAACAAUGAGCUAGAUGGUGGUGAAGGUGCUAACGAUGGUGGUGAUGGUGUUAACGAUGGAAUGAUGGGAGGUAAAUUAAACGGAGGUAGGAGUGAGCUAGGCAGGGGCGAAGCUUCUCCGGUGCUAGGAGGUGAUGGUGGUGUUAAUGAUGGAAUGAUGGGAGGCAAAUUGAACGGUGGCAACAAAGGCGAAGUUCCUUCAGUGUUAGGAGAUGAUGGCGGCGUUAGUGACGGAAUUAUGGGAGGCAAGUUAAAUGGCGGCGGCAACAAUGAGCUAGAUGGUGAUGGUGGCGUUAAUGAUGGAAUAAUCGGAGGCAAGUUGAGUGGCGGCAACAGUGAACUAGGCGGUAGCAAUGGCGUAAGCGGUGGAAUAAUCGGAGGUAAGUUGAAUGGCGGCAACAAUGAGCUUGGUGGGAUCGGACCUCCUUCAGAUGUCGGUGGAGGCGGCGUUAGAGAUGGAAUAAUCGGAGGCAAGUUGAACGGCGGCAACAAUGAACCUGCAGGUGGCAGUGAUGGUGUCAGCGGUGGAAUAAUCGGAGGCAAAUUGAACGGCGGCAACAAUGAACCCGCAGGCGGAAGUGAUGGUGCCGGCGGUGGAAUAAUCGGAGGCAAGUUGAACGGCGGCAACAAUGAACCCGCAGGCGGAAGUGAUGGUGUCGGCGGUGGAAUAAUCGGAGGCAAGUUAAACGGCGGCAACAAUGAACCCGCAGGCGGAAGUGAUGGUGUCGGCGGUGGAAUAAUCGGAGGCACGUUGAACGGCGGCAACAAUGAGCUUGGCGGGAUCGGAGGUCCUUCAGCAUUAGGCGAUGACGGUGGCGGAGGUAAGUUGAACGGGGGAGCUCCUUCAGUGCUAGGCGAUGACGGCGGCGACAGAAACGGAAUUGGAGGCAGAAGCGAAGACUUUGGCAGAGGAAGGAAGGCGGUCAAGCGUCUGGCGGCAUGA